AUGCGUCUUCUGUUUGACCAUUACAAGCAUAAACUCGGAAUUCAUGGCAGUUCUCCCAUUGUGAUUCAGGAAGAUGAGCAAGAACCUAGUGGAAGUGGGAAUGGGAAGAAGGGUGAUUUCAGGAAAAUGAAAAGAGAUGCCAUUCUGAAAGGAACCAGAAAAAGUUCAAAAUCUGAGUUUGAUAGGUACCUUGAGGAGGAGGAGGAUGAUGAAAUGGUUACACGAGCAUUGGUGGGUUCAGAAGAGGAUGAAUACAAGUUUGACAUCUUGGGAUGGUGGUCUCGAAAUUGGAUAAGAUCUUCAGACUCCGAGUUGGUGGCUGAUGGAGAAGAUGAGGGUGAUGAAGUGGUAUUUCAAAAUGUAUAUGCAGCUUUUCAAGCUCGGAGUGCAAGUGCACCUGCAGGACCUAGUGGAAGCUCUCGUGCAGGACCUAGUGGAAGCUCUCCUGCUACCCAUGUUUUGAUCUCGAGUCCUACUAUGUCACAAGUGGAAGAAGACUAUGUCGACAACAAUUCCGAUGAGAAUGAUGAGAUUUAUGUAGAUGUAGAGCCUGACGAGGAGUGA